AUGGCAUGCAGUAAGGAAUUACAACUCCCAAAAAAAUGGUCAAAAUACCACCACGAUAGUGUGAAUGAAGCCAUAGACCCAGAAUUAUUCGAUGAAGAAGAGUGUUUUAAGUGGAUAGUCGCUCUCGGCUUGUGUGACAGGCACAUUGCCAAAAAAUACGUCGCGUCUGCUGGACCAUAUCUCCUCAUGCGUUGCACCGUUGCAGUUAUUCCAAACAAUUCGUUGUGCAGGGAAGUAUUCAAGCUCUUUGUCAAUUUGUCGACCAGUAUAUUCAUCAGCGACGACAAAAAGGAAACAUUCAGUCAAAUUGAGAUGCGCCAACUCUGCGACGCCUUUCAAAUGUUGGAUAGACAACUUUGUGAGCAAUUUCCCCGACUCCCAACUCUUGCUGAAAUGAAGCAGUCGUUGAGGAAGAAGGGUACUGACGAGAAGUUAAUACCACAAGUUUUGGAACUGAUGGAUUUUACAAACUCCGUAGUAAAAUCCCUUCUUUAG